AUGGACGAAGCACGCCAGGAGAAGGAGGGAGGACGACCGUCGCCCAUGAAGAAGGAGCCCGAGAAGAAGCCCAAGCAGGACAAGGGCCUGCCGUCUGUUCCGAUGCUGCGCCCGCGCCCCGUCGAGGUCCACAACGGCUCCGAGACCGAGAGCGACUCGGAGACGAGCCAGCGCCAGGGUGUGCCCAGCGACAUUCAGCGCACGGGCGCGAUGCUCACCAACUUGCUCGCACGCGGCGAGAUGCACAACGACCGACACACGCAAGAGGGCUCGUUGCGACGAGUGCCCGAGCUGCCAAAGCCCCACUUGCGCAAGCCCGACGGCGAUGGACCGUUACCGCAGCUCCAUGGCGGCGCCGGGGACAUGCGCCUCCCCGCACUGACGAUGAACAACCUCAUGCGGCAAAAUCAAGGUGGCCCGCCCGCGCCCGGCCCACCGGCCUUGCCUUCGUCGUCGCACUUGAGCGACAUGCACAUGCGCGGCCCGCCGCCACCGCUACAGGCGCCUCCCCGAAUGGACAUGUCUAUGAACCGUCCGAGUCCAGGAGGCCCGCCGUCGUGGCCGUCGUCGCGCCCACAGAUUGAGAGCGAACCGCCUGCGAUGAAGCGGCCGAACUCGCCGCCGCGUGAGCGCAGCAUGCCAUACCAACAAGCGCCAGGGCCCCAGCUUUCGGUUCAAGCGCCGCGCGACGACUACGACUACCCGACGUACCAGCCCCCGGAAGCAUUAGUCGGUCAGCGCAUUGCCAAGACGUUUGCCGGACACGGUCGCUUUGUCGGCCAGGUGGUCAAAUUCAACCCGCAGACCGAGCUCUUUACAGUGGUGUACGCCGAUGGCGACACGGAAGAGCUCACGCGCGAGAACACGAUGAACCUCUUGAUCGAAGACAAGCGCCCCGAACACAUGCAAGCGCCGGCGCCCUCGGCCGCGCCGCCAUCCAACGGCGGCUACAAGCUCGCCAUUUCGGAUCGAGAGCGGGAUAUUCUGACGGCCCUCUUUGAAAAGCAUGCGUGGCCGUUGCUUGCCGAGCACGGGUGGAAGUCGGAGAUGCACGGCGCGUCCUUCUUCUUUUACCCGCCCUGGGCCGGCAAGAGCACGCGCGAACCCGAGUACUUCAACUCGGUGCUGGACGCGAUGAAGUACAUUUCGAUGCACGCCGAACUCAUGCGUCUCUGCUUCCCCGUCGAGAUCCAAGGCACGAUUUUAUCGAUUUUUGACCAAAACAAGGCGCCGCCGCCGCAAGCGUCUGCGAAUGGCAACAAGCGCCACCUCGACAGUGACGGGCCGUCGUCGAUCAACAAGCGGCCGAAGCCCGAGUCGCCGCCGGCCCGCGGCGGCCCGCCGCCCAUGAUGGGUCGCCCGUACUAUGAGAGCAGCCACCAUCCUGCGCUCCAGGCGCAGCAGCAUGCGGUGCACGGGCAUCAUGCGGCGUACGAGUACCCGCCCGAGCCGAGCCAAUCCCGUCCUGGUUUGUCGGCGCCACCGCCGUCGCGGUACCCGGCAACCGCGGGUAUCCAUCGCCAUCGCCGUCGGGGACGCCAAGCCUCGCCUCGGUUUGCGAUGGGCGCGGGCGGCCCGCCGCCGGCCACGAGCGCCCCGACGUCGCGACCGCAGAUGUUCCACGACGGCUACCAAGCGCGCGAGUACGAACGGUCCCGCGCGCCGCCGGCCAACACACCGUAUAUGAUGCCGUCGCCCCGACACCAUCCUGGCAUGGAAAACGUGCCCCGGGGCGCGCCCGCGCCGUCGCGCACGGGUCACUUGACGCCUGUUGGGUACGCCGAGUCGCCACGUGAAGCGGCACGGUUGAGUGCCCCGGCUGGUGGCCCAAGUCCUGGUAUGCACCGGGGACAGCGUGUCAUGAUGUACCCGCCGGGCACUGCGCCGCCGUCGGCCGGUCCACCAGGCGCCUCGAGCGCCCGCGACUCGAUUCCUACUGCCAUGCACGGCCGGUACGCGCCGCCGCCAAGCAACCCGCGCGGCCCGAUGCCCCGGGGCAUGAUCUCGAUUGCGGACUUGGACAAGAGUGCGUCAUCGUCUGGCCGCCUCCCGCCGCCACCGAGCAGCGACGGGCGCAUGCGCAUGUUCCCAGGUGACGCGCCGCCGAGCGCGGGAUCGUACCCCCCAAUUGCAUCGGGUCGCCGGCAGCAACAGCAACAGCGUGCCCCGGGGUACCCCGAUCAAGCCGGCUUUCGUCGCGAGGAGCCGCGCAUGUACCCGCCGGCCGACCGCUAUGCGGCCAUGCCGCCACCGGAAACGUCAGGGUACUAUGAGCGUGGCAUGUCGCGCUACCCGCCAGUCGUGCGGCAUUAG